GAGUCCAGCUGACAGUCUGCCCACAUUCCUGUCCAAGGAGCCGCAGGGUCAUCCAGACAGCUGGGGCCGGAGAAGCUUUCUCCAGGGCCCGUCUCCUCUUUCCUUGGGGUAGGGGAACGUGCCCGGAGGCUGUGGAUAACAUGCUUGCACGAGAAGCCCCAAGCACCAGCCCACAGGAUGGCUUCCCUGCAGAGAGCUAACCUGCCCCAGGGGCAGCGCAAGGAGGGUUCGAGAGGCUGGCUUCUCCCCUAGGAGUGGAGCAAGAAAAUGAAACCCAUCGUUCAAAGGAGGCGCUCAACUUCGGCUGCCAUCAGCAAAGCAUUUGGUAAAUCCAAGUAUCAUUCCAGCAGGGAAGUUAUUUUGCCAUCCUCCCACCAAGAUAAUGGAUUACCAGCUGGAGCUUUUAGUAACCCAGAUUCCGUCUUCAUCUUGGAUGAGCGUGUACAGCUUACUCUGGGCUUACAAACCCAAGAGAGGCAUUUGUUCCUCUUCAGCAACAUGCUAAUCGUGGCCAAGUCCAAGUCCUCUUCUAGCUUGAAACUGAAGAAAAAGAUCCACUUGAGUGAAGUAUGGACAGGAUCCUGCCUUAGUGAAGUGUCAGAGAAGAAAAUGAGCCCAGGGACAUCUUUUGUGAUUGGCUGGCCAACUAUAAAUUAUGUCGUCACUUUCAGCUCUUCUGAAGUGAAGGAAAGAUGGCUAUCCAUGCUACUCUGGCACAUCUAUGAAAUUAAGCAGACUGAGUAUCCCAAAAGUUUGCCUAUGCAGAUUUUGGUGAUGGACCGAGAGAACAGCUCUUCUAAUACCACAUCAAGCAUCGCCAACAUGGAAACUGCCGACAACCUUAUCAAAAAGGCCACAGAACAGUUGGGAGUUCCUGGUAGACCAAGUGACUAUCACCUCUGGGUGAUUUCAGGAAGGGACAAUCCUGCGUACCCUCUUAUUGGACAUGAGCAUCCCUUCAGCAUUAUCCUUGGUUGCCUCCGAGGCUCCGUGGACCAGUUCCCAGGCACCAACAAUGACGCGCUGCUUCCUGAUGAAUAUGGACCUUCGCUGCUGGACCAGCUUCCCAGGGACAGGCAAUGCCAGUUCAUCCUGAAGCCCAAGCCCCAGGCUCCAGUGCAGUUGCGGAGAGCCCCUUUGCAGAAACGUUGCAAGAGGAAGAAGUCUUUGAUCGACUGGGCUCUUCGGAGAAGCACCAGCACCCCGACUGGCAGUCCUGCCUCUCAGUCCCCAGCCAGCCCGCGAAAACUCUUCGGCUUGUCCUUAGCAUCCGUUUGUCCUGACGGAAGCCUUCCCAAGCCCAUCAUGGACAUUUUGUAUCUGCUGUACCAUGAAGGUCCUUCCACAAGAGGCAUCUUCAGGCGCUCGGCCAAUGCCAAGAAUUGCAAGGAGCUGAAAGAGAAGCUCAACUCGGGCAAUGAUGUCCAGGUGGACGGCGAAUCUGUCUUCGUGGCAGCAGCAAUCAUUACGGACUUUCUGCGAAAUAUACCUGACAGUGUUCUAUCCUCAGACAUGCACAAUCUAUGGAUGGAAGCCAUGGAUAAGGAAACCCGGGCCCACAAGAUCGAAGCGGUCCAAAGGUUAGUGAAGCAGCUCCCAGAAGCCAACCUCCUUUUGCUCAAACACCUCUUUGGGGUCUUGCACAAUAUUGAGCAGAAUGCCUUGGAGAAUCAGAUGAACGCCUUCAACCUGGCUCUCUGCAUCGCCCCCAACAUGUUGUGGCUUCCCAGUCCCACCGGACCGGAGGAGGAAAGCAAGUCAACGAAGAAGGUGGCCAUGUUGGUGCAAUUCCUGAUUGAAAACUCCGCUGAAAUUUUUGGAGGGGACAUUGCUUCCCUGUUCCAAAGGCCAGAGAAGAAGUCCCAAAGUGUGGAUGACUUAUUAGUUCGGCACAAUGAGUCCUCAGAUGAGAUGGAAUAUGCAACUCCUUACCAGGAAAGAGCCAAACAACAUUAUGGGCUUGAAGGAGACGAUGGCCUGUUCAGCCCAUCUGAAGGGCUGAUUCUCAGCGAGGAACCAGAAGACUGGGAUCUGUUCAGUGAGAUCACUGCUUGCUACCAGAAUAAAUCCAGGAAGAAUGCAAGUACUGACAGUUAUGACCUCCUGGAAGAAGAAGGCUCCUUCUGCUCCCUUGGCUCCAUCAGUUCUUUCAGCCCUGCAAGGAACCGAUGCUCCUCGGAGCCUAGUGUUUGCCUGAGCUCUCAAUUUCCUGCCCAGGACCAUGAGCCAGUGGCCCGGCAAUCCAGUUGCGAUGCCACCAUCAUGCAUACCCACGGCGAUUACAUCCACAGGCUCAAGCAGUUGCAGCUGGAGAGUCAGAAGCUUAUUGAUGAAGGUUUGAGCCCUGGUCUUAGCAGAGCACCCCACAGCUUCUGGAGAGGACCUCUGUGCAGCAACAUGGCAAAGAAGAUCAGCAUGCAGAAAACAAGCUUGUCCAACCGGUCUAGCUUCUCCAGCCUGUCCUCUACCACCACUUCUCCCUCAGCUUCCUCAUUAAGCUCCUUAGACAGUGCAUUCUCCUACUGCUCUGAAUCCUCUGCCUUAAGCCCCAUGGAUGUCUCCACCCUGCCCUUCAUGUUUGGUACUUCUGCCAGGCUCCAUGCUUUGUCCCCCAAAGUGCCUAAGAAGUCCUUGAAAGAAUGGCACAAGCCCUUUACUUCUCCUUUGCCCCUAGGCUCUUGCCAUAUGGACAUUUGCACUGAUAGGCAAGUGGAGGACAAAGAGAAAAGCUGCAGCAGAGGCAAGGGGCAGGUUUUCAUGCCCUUUAGGAUGACUGGAAAUCUGCUAAAUGAGGACAACUUGGACAAAGACCAGCUGGAGUCACAAUGCACUGAGACGCCCUCUCUGGUUCUUGGCAGACACGGUUCUGAAGAACCUGACCACCAGCAUCAUAUUCCUGAGGGUUCUGCUCCCAUGGACCAGUACGUCCAGAGGGAGAAAUCUGUGAAGCACAUAGAGGUCAAGUGUGCUGAAGCUAGACUUCACAGUCAAGGAAGUUUGAAGCGCACCAAGAUAACGGUGUACAUGGCCCCCAAAGAGAGAAGCCCACGAGGUUCGCCAGUGGUGCCAGAGGAAGCCAUUGUAACUGCCAGCAACAAGGGCACCGACCCUGAUGGAAAACGCAGUAGCAGGGAAGGCCCUUCCAAGAGGCUACAGACUGUAAGAGUUCAUAUCCCCCAGACAGUGUUUUAUGGACAAAACACUCCUUUGGUGCUCCAUUCCAUUUCGAGGAGGUGCCACCAGGAAGCUGUGGGACAGCCAUCGCAGCAGAAGGCUCUGCAAAGGGGUCCUCUGUCAGAAGCCCCAGGGGAGCCGGCCCAUCUGGAAGGGGACCCCAGUGAGGACAGCCACGGUGCUUUCCACUUCUUCCUCCCGGCUUCCAUUCGCCACACGGUCCGGGAAUACUUCAGCCAGGACCACCCCACAGACUGUGUCCCAGCAGGGGCAGAAAUGGUGGAGAAGGAACUGAUCCGGAGCAGGGUGGAGUGGCUUCGAAGCCAGCCUUGCCCCGGCAUCACAGCCGAGGAACGCAACGCCUUGGUGUUUGCAGAGGAGACAUUUGUUUGAGGGCACCACGCCUGGCAGGA